CGUUGCUCUAAAAACACCAACGAAGAAGAAGAAGUAUCAAAACAUCAACACUGCUAGGCUAGCGACGUUAGCUCGACAGGGAAGCGACUAUUACUUUUUUUUCUUCUAAAUUUGGGACCCCAUAAACAGGUACGCUGGAAUUUUCUGACACCCACUCGGACAUGUCCUAUGUCUUCAUCAACGACUCGUCGCAGACCAACGUGCCCCUGCUGCAGGCCUGCAUCGAUGGAGACCUGCCAUUCGCCAAGAGGCUCCUGGAGACCGGCUGCGACCCCAACAUCCGGGACAACCGGGGCCGCACGGGCCUGCACCUAGCCGCCGCCCGGGGGAACGUGGACAUAUGCCGCCUGCUGCACAAGUUCGGCGCCGACCUGCUGGCGACGGACUACCAGGGGAACACGGCGCUGCACCUGUGCGGCCACGUGGACACGAUACAGUUCCUGGUGUCCAACGGGCUGAAGAUCGAUAUCUGUAACCACAACGGCUCGACCCCGCUGGUGCUGGCGAAGAGACGCGGCGUCAACAAGGACGCCAUCCGUCUGCUGGAGGGACUGGAGGAGCAGGAGGUGAAGGGCUUCAACAGAGGAGCUCACUCCAAGCUGGAGACCAUGCAGAUGGCCGACAGCGAGAGUGCGAUGGAGAGCCACUCCUUACUCAACCCCAACCUGCAGAGCAGCGAGGGCGUCCUGUCCAGCUUCCGCACCACCUGGCAGGAGUUCGUGGAGGACCUGGGCUUCUGGAGGGUCCUGCUCCUGCUGGUGGUCAUCGCCCUCUUGUCCCUGGGCAUCGCCUACUACGUCAGCGGGGUGCUGCCGUUCUCCACCAGCCAGCUGGAGCUCGUGCACUAACGCGGGGGCCGGGGGGGGAAAGCAUGGGGGUUAAAAAAAAUAAUAAUAACAAGUGAACUUCUUCUUUGCUUCUGGCUCUUUAUAACCCACAUCGUCGUCCAGACGGGGGGGGAGGGGAGGGGGGGACAUCACAUUGUCAUGUUGGUGAAAAUGUAUAACUACAAAAAAAAAAGAACAAAAAAUGCAGUUUCUCCAUUAGAAAACAAAAAAACGUGUAAAGUCAUGAAUCCUCUGUAACAUAUCCCGCUGUGAGAGCUCAUGUUUAAUGCAGCUCUGCAACGACUUCUCCUUUUAGUUUCUGUUACAUGAUGAUAUGUCCUGACAAUGUUUUUAUUUACCUCUGUUGUUUUAUUUAUCAAAAUAUGUUGUGUAUUCAUUUUCCUACAUACUGUAAUAUUUUGGGGUUUUUUUAAAUCAUGUAAUGUAACCUCCAGGACUUCCACCAGAUACGUGUGCGUUGCGUGUCCGCUCCGCUGCGUUACGGCCCCCGUGCUCCCUCGACCGUCAACACCCACCGGCCGCGUUCUGUCGACACAAAGGAAUCCCCCCCGGCGCGGUAAUUCUCACACGUUCAACGUAAACCCUUAUAAACACAUAAACCAACACACGUGCUGUCAUCGUUCAGAACCUGAAAAAAAACCCUCUUGAGUGUUUUAUUCUGAAAAUAACCCGGAUGUUCUCAUGUUGUUUUCGGUUUCUUGACUUCCUGUGCGGCUCGAUCUAUUCUGUGCGGAAUUGACGCGCCGUGCUCCGUCCGGCCUUUGCGUGUUUGCUGCGGAGCUCAUGCUGCAUUCGGGUGCUGCUCGGGUGGUCCAAGUUUCCGGGAAGUUGGGAAGUCGUUGUUCUUCAGUGUGUUCAUGGGAUUUCAAUUUCGGAAAGUCGGAAUGUUGUAACAACAACGCACAAAAAGCGUUGAUGGUACGACGAAGGAGAUCAGUGAAAUGUUUCUGUUAAAAGUUAUAUUCGAGCAAAAAGGUAUUGACGUGCAAUACCUGAAUUAAUUAAAAGUAUGUUGACAUUAACAAAACGUAUUUCAGGCCCUCGUGAUGACGAUUCUGACGUCAAGUCGGGAAGUCGGGCAUCUACCGUAAUUCUUUUCCGAGUUUCCGAGUUGUUGCUCCGACUUGAGCAGUUGUUCAUGUGCAUUUUACAACUCGGAAACUCGUUUUUUCCCGAUUUCUCCGACACCACGUGAACGCCGCGUUAGACGCAGCGCAGCGGAGCCAGUGGACGCUGACACACACUGAUUUAAAGUGAAAACCAAAUGUUCACAGAGCGGAGACGGACCGAACACGCAUCUGGUGGACUUUUGGCCUUUUAUUCCGACUGAAUGUUGAAUCUCUCGCGUCGUGUCUUGUGAUCAGUGAAGCACCUUGACUGUGUUGCCUUUAAGACAGAAACACACAGCAGCAGCAGCAGAAGCUCAUGAAGACAUUCCCCCAACAAGAACAAGCAUGUGUGCAGCUUUGUUGCAGAAGGAUCAUUGUUGUAAGCAUCCGGCACGAUGACCUGUAGGACGACGGCGGCUGAUGAUGAAUCUGUUGUGUUCAAUUUACCUUUAUGUCCCUGUAAAACCAUGUCGUUUUUAUUUGCUGUUUAUUUUUCUCUGUACUAUUAACACGUUUGAAGUAAACGCUAAGUUAACGUGCAAAAUGAA